GUGAUGGACCCGCUCUUUCUAACUGGGAACCAGAUCGCGUCUUGUGGGUUCUCUAUCUACAUCUAUGGUUCUCUCUCGGUGUUCCUGAGACAGUGUGUGUGAGCAGCUGAUCCAUCGUCUGUGUGUCUGGAUGAACCUCUGACGUUGUGCUCUUUCUUCUGAAGCCUUUAGCUCGGACUCUAGAAGCUAGCUUAGCAUGUUAGCUUAGCAUGCUAGCUGGUAACACGCUAGCAACACAGAGUGAGAGAAACGGGAAGUGGUGAUUUAGUAAACAUGAGUGUUGUGCUGCUCUCGUUGGUGAAGCAGCGACUCACUGCGGCUGCUGAAGACAUCUUUGUUCUGUUUGAAAGAACGAUAUCAGAGUACGAGGAGGAACUGUCUCGUUCAAAACAGGAGAACGAGAGACACCGGAAUCUACUGGACACUGUUUUACAGCCUCAGAUCCACAGAGCAGACGUCCAGCAGCUGGUGGUGGUUAAAGAAGAGGUUCCCCCUGAGCAGCAGGAGUGGAGCUCCAGUCUGGACCAGGAGGACCCAGAGCCCCCCCCACACAUUAAAGAGGAACAGGAGGAACUCUGGAUCAGUCAGGAGGGAGAGCCGCUUCAAGGGCUGGAGGAGGCUGAUAUCAUGAAGUCCACAUUCACUCCUGUCCCUGUGAAGAGUGAAGAUGAUGAAGAGAAACCUCAGUCCUCUCACCUUCAUCAAAGACAAACUGAACACCUGGAAACAGAAGCUGAUGGACAGGACUGUGGAGGACCAGGACCAGCCAGGAACUCCGAUCCCGAGAGACAUUUAAAACCAGAGACUGAGGAGAACCCUGGAGACUCUUCUGAACCCGACACUGAAGACAGGGCUGAUUGGAAGAAGACCAGAGAACCAGGUUCACACUCUCUGAGAAAUAAACAAGACCCUGUCAGUGAUUCAAGACGUAAUUCAGGAGAGAAACCAUUCAGCUGCUCAGUUUGUGAGAAAUCAUUUGCAAAGAGUAGACAUUUAAAGGACCACAUGAGAAUCCAUACUGGAGAGAAAGCAUUCAGCUGCUCAGUCUGUGAGAAAUCAUUUGCAUGGAAAGGAUACUUAAAUCUGCACCUGAGAAUCCACACAGGAGAGAAACCAUUCAGCUGCUCAAUUUGUAAAAAGGCUUUUGCAGUGAGAGGAAGUUUAAAGGACCACAUUAGAAUCCACACAGGAGAGAAACCAUACAGCUGCAGUUUUUGUGACAAAAGAUUCACCUGGAGUCGUCAGGUCAAAAGGCAUAAGUGUGUUGGUCGUCAGUCCUCACAGCUUCAUCAAACUCAAACUGAGGAGAACAGAGAGGCAGAGCCUCCAGCCAGCAGCUCAGCUGAACACAUGGAAACAGAAGCUGAUGGAGAGGACUGUGGAGGAUCAGAACCAGCCAGGAACUCAGAUCCAGAGAGACAUUUACAACCAGAGACUGAGGACAACCCUGGAGACUCUUCUGAACCUGACAUUUUCCAAGUCAAACCUGCAUGUGCAACAAAAAAAGAGGACAAUUAAUUAGUCCUACAACAAUUCACAUGAGAAAAAUCUGUCUGACUGUACAGGGCUCAACGCUAGCUUUUAAAAGUGGUUGCCAGGCUGGCAACCAGGCAUCAGCUUUUGGUUGCCGAAACUGAAAAUACGGUUGCCAUUUUUAGACACCUUAUAUUUUAAAUAAUUAAGAUACUAUACAGUUAUAGAUCAACUUAAUAAUGAACAUGUGACACAAAAGAAUGUUCAAAUCCUUUACAA